AUGCCUGUGCCGUUCGCCAUACAACUGUUUACGGAGGGUAUUGACUGGUUCCCAAGCCUCUUCAAUAUCUUCAAGGUUGUCGUGCUGGUCGCGGUCAUUGCUCUUGUAAAAUGGAUAUGUAUGGGCGCAUCGAAUACAUCGGAACGUAAGCUACAUGGCAAAAUAGUGUUAAUAACGGGAGGCACGUCGGGAAUAGGGGCAGCAACUGCCUUGGAAUUGGCACAAAGAGGAGCUCAAAUUGUGCUUCUGGUGCAUCAAUCACCUAAAGAUGGAUUCCUCGUCGAUUACAUCGAGGACCUACGAGAGCGAUCCGGGAACGAGAUGAUAUAUGCAGAGCAGGUCGACCUGUCUUCUUUAUACAGCAUACGCAAAUUCGCAACGAAAUGGAUCGACAACGCGCCGCCGCGACGACUAGAUAUGAUCGUACUAUGCGGCUCAACGCUUACUCCCCCAGGCAAACCUCGAGUGGUCACAGAUGAAGGAAUAGAAGAGAAUUGGAUGAUCAACUACCUCGCAAACUUCCACCUCCUCAGCAUACUAAGUCCCGCCAUCCGUACCCAGCCGCCCGAUCGCGACGUCCGAAUAGUCUUUACAACCUGUGCCGCGCACACGCGAUCCCCAGCCGUCGACGACGGAAGUGAUGCUCUAAAGAAGAAAGGCUGGUCCUCUUCAAAAGCCUACGCGCAAAGCAAAUACGCACUCACAGUAUUCGGACACGCCUUUUCCAAACACCUCGAGUCCUAUAAACGUCCCGAUGGAGCUCCCAUGAAUGCGCGCGUUGUCUUCGUAGACCCAGGAUACUGUCGUACCCCCGGUAUGAGACGCUAUCUCACCCGCGGCACACUAUGGGGUCUUUCCGUAUACUUGUUAGUUUACCAGAGCAUCUGGCUCUUCCUUAAGAGUCCUGUGGGCGGUGCUCAAAGUUUCCUCUAUGCGGCGCAAGAAGCAUCACUCGGUCGUGGCCAUGGCGGAAAGCUCAUCAAGGAAUGCCGCGAGAUGGAGUUUCCCAGGAAGGAUGUCAAGGACGAGAAGAUAGCGAAGAAGCUUUGGGAAGGGAGUGAGAAGCUUAUUGAAAGGGUGGAGCGGGAGGAGGCUGUCAAGAGAGCGCUGGCGAAGAAGGAACGAGAGGAGGCCGAGAAGAAUGGGAAGGCCGCGGAGGAGAGUGGGAAAGCAGGGAGUGAGGUAAAAGGGGAUAAGAGUGCGAAAUCGAAGAGGCAGAAGAAGGCGAAAUGA